GAGCUGGGGGACCCCGCCACGGAGCUGCGCCGUGGAAAGGGAUGAGGCUGCUCGCGCCCGAACCGCACCGGGCCCGCUUCUCCCGGGCUUCGGGGUCCUGCGGUGGCUCCCCCAGGAGGAUGAGGCGCCCAGCCUAGGCGACUCUGCAGGCGGCCCUCGGCGGGCGCAGGGCACGGACCUGGCAGCCCCCACCCGGUCUGACUCACACUGAUGUGCAUUCCAGGAUGCUUUGUUCUUGGGAUCAGACCUGACCAGAAGUUGACCUCAUGAGUACAUCAACCUCUCCAGCGGCCAUGCUGCUCCGGAGGCUGAGGCGGCUCUCCUGGGGCAGCACUGCCGUCCAGCUCUUUAUCUUAACAGUGGUGACGUUUGGCCUGCUGGCCCCUCUGGCCUGUCACCGUCUUCUGCACUCUUACUUCUACCUGCGCCAUUGGCAUCUGAACCAAAUGAGCCAGGAGUUCCUGCAGCAGAGCUUGAAAGAGGGUGAGGCUGCCCUCCACUACUUUGAGGAGCUGCCCUCUGCCAAUGGCUCGGUGCCCAUUGUCUGGCAGGCCACCCCCCGCCCCUGGCUGGUCAUCACCAUCAUCACUGUGGACAGGCAGCCUGGCUUCCACUACGUCUUGCAGGUGGUGUCCCAGUUCCACCGGCUCCUUCAGCAGUGCGGCCCCCAGUGCGAGGGGCACCAGCUCUUCCUGUGCAAUGUGGAGCGUAGUGUGAGCCAUUUUGAUGCCAAGCUGCUGUCCAAGUACGUCCCUGUGGCCAACCGCUACGAGGGCACUGAGGACGAUUAUGGCGACGACCCUUCCACCAACUCAUUUGAGAAAGAGAAGCAGGACUAUGUCUAUUGCCUGGAAUCCUCCCUGCAGACUUACAACCCGGACUAUGUUCUGAUGGUGGAAGACGAUGCCGUUCCAGAAGAGCAGAUCUUCCCAGUAUUGGAGCACCUUCUUCGGGCUCGCUUCUCUGAGCCACACCUCAAAGAUGCCCUGUAUUUAAAGCUCUAUCACCCCGAGCGGCUGCAGCACUACGUCAACCCCGAGCCCAUGCGGAUCCUGGAGUGGGUCGGUGUGGGCAUGUUGCUGGGGCCCUUGCUCACCUGGAUAUACAUGCGGUUUGCCAGCCGGCCAGGGUUCAGCUGGCCGGUCAUGCUCUUCUUCUCCCUCUACAGCAUGGGGCUGGUCGAACUGGUGGGCCGGCACUAUUUCCUGGAGCUGCGACGCCUGAGUCCCUCCUUGUACAGCGUGGUCCCCGCCUCCGAGUGCUGCACCCCGGCCAUGCUCUUCCCGGCCUCUGCAGCCCGCCGGACCCUCACCUACCUGUCCCAGGUGUACUGCCACAAGGGCUUUGGCAAGGACACGGCACUGUACUCACUGUUGAAGGCCAAGGGGGAACGGGCCUAUGUGGUGGAGCCCAACCUCGUGAAACACAUCGGCCUUUUCUCCAGCCUCCGGUACAACUUUCACCCCAGUCUGCUCUAGUGUGCUGAGAAAUGCCUUGGUGAAAUCGGCCACUUCGUGGAGAUUCCAGUGUCGAGUUCGUUUGUUUCGGACGUGGUUGCUGGCAGACAUCUGAGUGUCCAAGGUUCUAGGGGUGUGGGCACUGGGACAGCCGAGGCUCACUGAAGUCAAGAAGCCUGGCUUUGCUGGCCCUCUGGCCAGGGCAGCGGCCCCCUCCCCCCACACAGCCACACUGCCUCACGUGGUCAGCUCUACACAGCCAAGGGGCAUUUAAAUACCGGUUAUAUUCUCCAGUUGUUUCCAACUCUGCUUUGUGAUAGAGUUUGUGACUGUAAAAAUAUAUUGUGCGCAGUGAUACGACGGUUGUAGGGUUUUAAUUUGAUGAAAAUUGAGAUCUUUUUGAAUGAUUUCUGUCUCGCUGGGCAUGACAGUGGAUAUAUGUUUAGAGUAUAUGUCCAAGAUGGCAAGACCCUGUUGAUAGAUUCCAUUUGUUUCCUUGACCUGGUGUAAUAAAAGCUGAUAAAAGCCGUGCAAUGCCUGGCAUCUUGGA